AUGGGCCUCCUGGCUCAUCCUCUCUACGGGCCUCCUUACUGGCUGAUCCUGCUCUACGGGCCUCCUUACUGGCUGAUCCUACUCUACGGGCCUCCUUACUGGCUGAUCCUACUCUACGGGCCUCCUUACUGGCUGAUCCUACUCUACGGGCCUCCUUACUGGCUGAUCCUACUCUACGGGCCUCCUUACUGGCUGAUCCUACUCUAUGGGCCUCCUUACUGUCUGAUCCUACUCUACGGGCCUCCUUACUGGCUGAUCCUACUCUACGGGCCUCCUUACUGGCUCAUCCUGCUCCACGGGCCUCCUUACUGGCUGAUCCUACUCUACGGGCCUCCUUACUGGCUGAUCCUACUCUACGGGCCUCCUUACUGGCUGAUCCUACUCUACGGGCCUCCUUACUGGCUGAUCCUGCUCUACGGGCCUCCUUACUGGCUGAUCCUACUCCACGGGCCUCCUUACUGGCUCAUCCUGCUCUACGGGCCUCCUUACUGGCUGAUCCUGAUCUACGGGCCUCCUUACUGGCUGAUCCUGCUCUACGGGCCUCCUUACUGGCUGAUCCUGCUCUAUGGGCCUCCUUAUUGGCUGAUCCUGAUCUACGGGCCUCCUUACUGGCUGAUCCUACUGCUUUAG